UUUACCGCGUUGGCGACACUGCUAACGCAAAAAAUCUUUGUUGAUUCUGUUUUGAACAAUGUGUUUACGAUUGGUAUGUGUGUGUUAUGUUUGGUAAGAGUUAAUUGUAGGCCAGGAUAAGUCUAUUACUGAAAUUGUGACUCAGAAGAAACCUUAUUCAUACUAAUAUCAAUUUCCGGUGGUGAGCAACAUUUCUGGGACAUGGAUCGGAAAUAUAAUCAUCGGCUGCUGACCCACGUCCACCUCAUCCCUGAGCCGAUUAUAGACAGAGGGCCAGUACAAUACGGUCCUCCGUCCCCAGCAAAACGACGUGUGGUGCAGCAGCAGCAGCCACAGACACGUGAGGUGUGUCCACGUCUGCUGCUGCAUACGCCUGAGGUGCGUCCGCGUGUGCUGCUGCAUACGCCUGAGAUGCGUCCGCGUCUGCUGCUGCGUACGCCUGAGGUGCGGCCACCUCUGCUGCAGACACCUGAGGCGCGGUCGAUUCUGAUGCAGACAUCUGAGGCCGAGGCGCCUCUACUGAAGAUACCUCAGCCCCGGCGGCCUCUGCUGCAGGCACCUGAGAUGCGGGCACCUCUGUUGCAAACACGUGAUGCACGGCGGCCUCUGCUGCAGACGCAUGAGGUGCAGCCGCUUGUGUUGCAAACACCUGAUGCGCGGCUGCCUCUGCUUCAGGCACCUGAGGCACAGGCAGCACUUGAGGUGCGGUCACCUCUGCUGCAAACACCUGAAGUGCGUCCGCCUCUUCUCCAAACGCCUGAGGUGCGGGAGCCUCUGCUGCAGACACCUGAUGUGCGGGAGCCUCUGCUGCAGACACCUGAUGUGCGGGAGCCUCUGCUGCAGACACCUGAUGUGCGGGAGCCUCUGCUGCAGACACCUGAUGUGCGGGAGCCUCUGCUGCAGACACCUGAUGUGCGGGAGCCUCUGCUGCAGACACCUGAUGUGCGGGAGCCUCUGCUGCAGGCGCCUGAUGCGCGGGAGCCUCUGCUGCAGGCGCCUGAUGCGCGGGAGCCUCUGCUGCAGGCGCCUGAUGCGCGGCUGCCUCUGCUGCAGGCGCCUGAUGCGCGGCCGCCUCUGCUGGAGAUGCCUGAUGUGCGGCCGCCUCUGCUGGAGAUGCCUGAUGUGCGGCCGCCUCUGCUGGAGAUGCCUGAUGUGCGGCCGCCUCUACUGGAGAUGCCUGAUGUACGGCCGCCUCUGCUGGAGACGCCUGAUGUGCGGCCGCCUCUGCUGGAGACGCCUGAUGUGCGGCCGCCUCUGCUGCAGACGCCUGAGGUGCGGGAACCUCUGCUGCAGACACCUGGGUUGCGGGAACCUCUGCUGCAGACACCUGGGUUGCGGGAGCCUCUGCUGCAGACACCUGAGGUGCGGGAGCCUCUGCUGCAGACACCUGAGGUGCGGGAGCCUCUGCUGCAGACACCUGAGGUGCGGGAGCCUCUGCUGCAGACACCUGAGGUGCGGGAGCCUCUGCUGCAGACACCUGAGGUGCGGGAGCCUCUGCUGCAGACACCUGAGGUGCGGGAGCCUCUGCUGCAGACACCUGAGGUGCGGGAGCCUCUGCUGCAGACAACUGAGGCGCGGCCGCCUCUGCUGCAGACAACUGAGGCGCGGCCGCCUCUGCUGCAGACACCUGACGUGCGGCCGCCUCUGCUGCAGACACCUGACGUGCGGCCGCCUCUGCUGCAGACACCUGACGUGCGGCCGCCUCUGCUGCAGACACCUGACGUGCGGCCGCCUCUGCUGCAGGCGCCUGACGUGCGGCCGCCUCUGCUGCAGGCGCCUGACGUGCGGCCGCCUCUGCUGCAGGCGCCUGACGUGCGGCCGCCUCUGCUGCAGGCGCCUGACGUGCGGCCGCCUCUGCUGCAGGCGCCCGACGUGCGGCCGCCUCUGCUGCAGGCGCCCGACGUGCGGCCGCCUCUGCUGCAGGCGCCCGACGUGCGGCCGCCUCUGCUGCAGGCGCCCGACGUGCGGCCGCCUCUGCUGCAGGCGCCCGAUUCGCGGCCGCCUCUGCUGCAGGCGCCCGAUUCGCGGCCGCAUCUGCUGGAGGCGCCCGAUUCGCGGCCGCAUCUGCUGGAGGCGCCCGAUGCGCGGCCGCAUCUGCUGGAGGCGCCCGAUGCGCGGCCGCAUCUGCUGGAGGCGCCCGAUGCGCGGCCGCAUCUGCUGGAGGCGCCCGAUGCGCGGCCGCAUCUGCUGGAGGCGCCCGAUGCGAGGCCGCAUCUGCUGGAGGUGCCCGAUGCGAGGCCGCAUCUGCUGGAGGCGCCCGAUGCGAGGCCACGUCUGCUGCAAAUACCUGAGGUGCGUUCACCUCUUCUGCGAACGCCUGAUGCGCGGACGGCUCUGCAGCAGACAUUUAAGGCGCGGCCGUCUCUGCUGCGGACACAGCUGCUAGUGCAGCAGAGCCAACAUCCGGCCGUGACACAGGGCCCUAUGACAACUGUAGCUACGCCGCAAGUGACGAACACAGUCACAGAGGCAGAUCAAAACCCAAGUUCUAGAAAGCAGCAGAAAAUUUGUCAUCAUGGCCAUCAACAAACAAAUAUUGCCACUGAAACUUAUUCCCCAUUUUACUUGGGAUUUCUUCCUGCUGAAACUUCUCCUUAUGAGAAGUGAAUCUACAGAUUCAGAAAAAGAGCCCCAUUUAGUAGAAUGUGAGAGGAACAUCAAAAGGUGUGAGCAUCUCUAUUACUAAUUACUAAACGGCUAACCCAGCCAAUGCUGCAUGUCACAAUUGCAGGUUGCUUAUUAAACAGCUUACAGAAACAACAAAAA